UAUUGAAUCACAAUUGGAGUAAAAGUUUGCUUAGUCUUUUGUCUCUCUGGGGCAAAUGACAAACUCUCCUGAUUUUCUUCCCUCAGGAAAAUGAACUCCAACAUCUCCCAAGCCUUCCGAAAGGAACUCACCUGCUGCAUCUGCUUGAACUACCUUACAGACCCUGUCACCAUAGGCUGUGGACACAGCUUCUGUAGGCCCUGUCUAUACAUUUCCUGGGAAGAAGCCAAAACUACCCGUUGUCCUCUAUGUGGGGAAACAUCAAAGAAGACAGACAUCAAAUCCAAUAUUCUUGUGAAGAAUCUGGUGUCCCUUGCUAGACAAGCCAGUCUCUGCCAGUUCCUGAGCUCUGAGGAUCAGAUGUGUGGGACACACAAGGAGACAAAGAAGAUGUUCUGUGAAGAGAGCAAGAACCUACUCUGUUUGCUCUGUUCUUCCUCUCAGGAGCACGAGGCUCACAGACACUGUUCCAUUGAAUACGCUGUUGAGAAGUACCGGGAGAAGCUCUUAAAACAAAUGAGGUCUUUAUGGGAAAAGAUCCAAGAAAAUCAGAGAAAUCUAAACGAGGAGUGCAGAAUAAUCAACCUGUGGAUGGUAAGCCUGAGACCACGUUUUCCUCAUAACCAGCUUGGUACAGACCUGCUGGGACCUUACCUACUAAAUUUGGAAGACACAUUGACAAGGAGUGAGUCCGUGCAACUGCACAUGCCCCAGCCUGUGAACCCAGCGCUCAGUGCCAGGCCCAUCACUGGACUGAAAGACAGGUUCAACCAAUUCCAAGUGAACAUUUCCUUGAAUUAUGAAACAAGCAGUCACGAUAUCAUGCUGUCUGAUGACGUGAGAAGUUUGAUAUUUAGACAUGACCUUCGAGAGGUGCCUUUUCCAUCUGGAAGAUCCAACUACUUUGCUACAUGGGGAGCCCAGGCCUUCACCUCUGGAAAACACUACUGGGAGAUGCAUGUGGACAGCUCUUGGGACUGGGCUAUAGGGGUCUGUAAGGAUACUUGGCUAAGGAAGAACUGCUCAGUGAUUGAAUCUGGGGACACAUUUCUUCUUUUAUGUGUGAAGGGGGAUAAUGGUUACCAUCUUUUCACCACCUCCCCAGUGCUUUCUCAGUACAUAGAGAAACCUCUGGGGAAGGUUGGUGUGUUUGUUGAUUUUAACAGUGGAAGUGUGAGUUUUGUUAAUGUUGCCAAAAAUUCCCUCAUAUGGGAAUAUCCUGCUUACUCCUUCAAUUACUCGCUCCGGCCUUUUUUUUGCACUGGCCACACAUGAUCGUGGAGAAGUGAGGAACUUGGGAACUCCAUAUCUGAAGGAGCCCGUCUCAGUUGAAGCUGAUCAAUCAUACUUUACUCUCCCUUAGGUUGUUCCAUUUUAAUGUAACUUUGUUUAAUCAUUGGUAAAUAUAAAGCUGGUGUGGCAAUGCAAAAUUUGUUGGCUUAAUUUUCUUUCAAUUAAAAUCAAGUCCCGUGGUCCUUUUCCUGAAACACAUACUGUUUUUAUUCACCUACUUUGUGAGUUGGCUAGAGUUACAAGAGUAUAUGACUGGGAUUCUAUCUUAACAGUUUAAUGCAGGAUCACAGAG